AGAUAUAUAAUCCAUUACACUCCAGGCUCAAAGGGGGCUGCUAUAAUUUUUAGGGUUUUCGUUUCGCCGUCCGCAAGCCCUAGUCGCUGAGCUCUGCCCGCAAUCCAGUAAUGGCCCCAAAGAAAGGUGUGAAACCAGCUGCAGCAGCUAAGAAGAAACCGGAGAAGGUAGUGAACCCGCUGUUCGAGAAGCGUCCAAAGCAGUUUGGGAUAGGAGGGGCAUUGCCCCCGAAGAAAGAUCUGCACCGGUUUGUGAAGUGGCCCAAGGUUGUUCAAAUUCAGAGGAAGAGAAGGAUCCUCAACCAGCGCUUGAAGGUCCCACCUCCCUUGAACCAAUUCACCAAGACCCUUGACAAGAACCUUGCAACGACUCUAUUUAAGACGCUUCUCAAGUACAGGCCUGAAGAUAAAGCAGCAAAAAAGGAGCGCCUUUUGAAAAGGGCUCAGGCUGAGGCUGAAGGAAAACCUGUGGAGGUUAAAAAGCCAAUUGUUGUGAAAUAUGGUCUCAACCAUGUCACCUACCUCAUUGAGCAGAACAAAGCACAAUUGGUUAUUAUCGCUCAUGAUGUGGACCCAAUAGAAUUGGUCGUCUGGCUUCCUGCACUGUGCAGGAAGAUGGAGAUUCCGUACUGCAUCGUGAAAGGAAAAUCUCGAUUGGGAACUAUCGUCCAUAAGAAAACUGCUUCAGUUCUGUGCCUGACCACUGUGAAGAAUGAAGACAAGAUGGAAUUCAGCAGAAUCUUGGAGGCUAUUAAGGCUAACUUCAAUGACAAGUAUGAUGAGUACAGGAAGAAGUGGGGUGGUGGUAUCAUGGGUUCCAAAUCCCAGGCCAAAACAAAGGCCAAAGAGAGGCUUCUUGCGAAGGAAGCUGCUCAAAGGAUGAACUAAGAGAAGACUUAAUAAUCAUAUUUAUCUCACUUGCUAGGAUGAGGCUUGUCUGUUGACUUUCUUCAAUCCUGGAUUUUUGUUAUGUCAGUGUUAUCCAGUUUUUGUUUUUGUUUUUGUUAUUGUCUUUGUUUGUUUGUUUGUUUGUUUUUUUUUUUGGCUGAUAAAUUCAGUGUUAUCUAGGUUUAAUUGGGAAGCUUUUGUUUUUGUUAAACAACAGUGAUGCUCAAAUUUAUGAAUUUGAAGUUCUCUGUCA